CGCAAGCGGAUCUCUCGCUCGUCAUGGAAGGAAGACCAUCUAUCAUGUUGUCUUUCUAUUCUCUCAUAGACCUACCCGGUGAUAUACAUAUAGCGCCAUGAUUCCUCCGUUCGAAACCACCUUCGCAGUGCCUCUCAGCUGUGAAUCGUGCGUCAAAGACGUGUCAACGUCCUUGUACAAGCUUCCCGGCAUUCAAAAUGUUUCGGCCGAUCUUCCAAACCAGCUCAUCUCAGUGAAUGGCACUGCCGCCCCUUCGGCCAUUGUCGCCGCCAUACAGGAUACUGGUCGCGAUGCCAUCCUACGAGGCUCGGGCAAGUCCGAAAGUGCUGCCGUCUGCAUCCUCGAAACACACUCCUCUUCCGUGACGGACCAGGUACGCGGUUUGAUCCGCAUGGUUCAAGUUGCUUCCAACAUGACCAUCAUCGAUCUCUCCAUCCGCGGCCUUUCUCCUGGCACAUACCACGCGACCGUACGUGAAACUGGCGACAUCUCUCGUGGUGCCGAAAAGACUGGUGGCAUUUGGGAUAUGUUACGCGCCAAAGAGGAGGGUAAGCCUGAAUCUGCCAGGGGUGUCUUUGGUACUGUCGAGGUCAACAAGAGUGGCAUUGCCUCGGUCUUCCUCGACAAGUCUAUUCAGAUCUGGGAGAUGAUUGGCCGCAGCAUAGUUGUCUCUAGACAGCAGGAUGGCAAGUUCGACAAGGAGGACCCUGACACUCUUGUUGGCGUCAUUGCCAGAAGUGCUGGAGUCUGGGACAAUGACAAAACUGUCUGCUCAUGCUCGGGCAAGACUGUGUGGGAAGAGCGGACGGAACAAGUCGGGAAAGGCAUGCUCUGACCUGCUCUCAGCGAAGAAGAGUCCCGCAUGUUCAUACGCCGGCAUUGGAUCUACCUGGAGGACGCCCGUCCUGAUUUGUUCCGAGGAUUACGAGUUAUGAUAAUGCCAACACAGCAUGCACUUAGGGUUGACAGGACACCUCUAUUUGGAAACACACCG